CCUCGUGAGCUCCUGUAAGCUUUCUAACAGUGCAGUGCAUUGUGGGUAGGUCAGUAGCAGAGAGGACGCCAUGUGCCUUUGAGGCAGAGGUCUGACUGUGACAGCAGCGGGUUCUCAUUCAGCGGUCUUCAGGAGUUCUUCGCUGCGGAUAAAGCCGAGAUGUACUGCACCAGGCGCUGCCUCCGGACCGCGCUGCGGGCCGCCGGGAGCACACACCGACAACAGCUUCAGCAGCAGACGCCAGCCUUGUGUGCUCUCAGAUAUCUGAAAACCAGUCAAGCCACCAGGUCAGAUGCCAUUGCCACGCCUCCACUAGAUGGAGCACCCAAGCAGUAUGCUCCAAAAAUCCAUCAGCUUGUCAACGACAUAGCCAGCCUCACUCUGUUAGAGGUGUCAGACCUCAACGAGCUCCUUAAGAAAACACUGAACAUUCAGGAUGUCGGUAUGAUGCCUAUGGGGGCAAUGGCUGCAUCUGCUGCACCUGCUGCUCAGGCUGCAGAUGAUGAGGAGGCUCCCGUCAAAAAGGAGAAGACACAGUUCACAGUAAAACUGACAGAAUUUAACGCAGCUGAAAAAGUUAAACUUAUAAAAGAAGUAAAGAACUGCAUCCAAGGCUUGAACCUGGUGCAGGCUAAGAAGCUAGUGGAGUCCCUUCCUCAGGAAAUCCGUGCUAACGUAUCCAAGGAAGAAGCAGAGAAACUGAAAGCGGCACUGGAGACAGCAGGAGGCACUGUGGUGUUGGAGUAAAUUCACUCUGCUGGUUAUGUACUUCGUCCUUCAUGUCAUUGUUCUUUUUUACAAAAACUAAGAAGAGAAAAGGAUCAUCAGAAACCGAGGAAACAAAGAAAUGCCUUUCUUAUGUGCAUCUUUUAGUAGUGUUUGGUGGGCGGUACAACUCAGACUGAUCUUUCUAAUGACUACCACGCUGUUUACAGUUCUGAUUUACAGCAAACAGGCUACGCAGAUUCUGGCCUGGAAACCAUCAGCUGGUCGUUCUGUAAAGCUGAUCAACUUUUCACUAAAGAACGGUUUGAGCUGUAGGAGCGUGGUUACAGUCCAUGUACUAUUAUAUUUGUUAAUGUCAUUAAAACCAAAACGUCCUUCUAACAUCCUCUCUUA